AUGGGGAAAUCAGGGGGUAGAAGGAAGAAAGGUGGUGCUGCUGUUGUUGUUGAUAAUUCAGUUUCUGCACAAACUCCGAACGGUGGUGUUGAAUUGGAUUCAUCAAUUUUUUUGAAAAAGGCGCAUGAAAUGAAGGAAGAAGGGAAUAGGAGAUUUCAGAGUAAGGAUUAUGCUGGUGCUCUUGAACACUAUGAGAAUGCUCUUAAACUCACGCCCAAAAUUCAUCCCGACAGAGCUGUUUUUCAUAGCAAUAGGGCUGCUUGUUUGAUGCAAAUGAAGCCGAUUGAUUAUGAGUCUGUGAUUUCUGAGUGUACUUUGGCUCUUCAGGUUCAGCCGUUGUUUGUUCGGGCUCUUCUUCGGCGGGCUCGGGCGUUUGAGGCUGUUGGUAAGUAUGAAUUGGCUGUGCAGGAUGUGCAGUUGUUGUUGGCUUCUGAUCCUAAUCAUAAGGAUGCUUUGGAUAUUGCUCAGAGAUUGAGGGCUGCGGUUGGGCCUCGUCAGGAAGCUCAGCAGGAUCUUCACAGUCGGCCGUCUCCUGCUGCUCUUGGUGCUUCAGCUGUCCGUGGUGCUCCUAUUGGAGGGUUAGGUCCGUGUUUGCCUGCGCGGCCUGGCUCGAAGAAGGGGGUGAAUUCUGGAGUUGGGGCUGUUGUUUCUCCUAAUAACAAGGUUGACAAGUCUCAGAAUGUUUUACUGCCUGCUGAAAAUGGCCUGGGGACAACUAAGCGUCAGCAGAAUGUUGUGUUGAAGCCUUUAAGUAAUGGUCCUGCAGUGCAAUGUAACUUGAAAGAUGUGAACCAGAAGGAUACUCAUGGGCAGCUGUCGGAGAUUGCUAUUCGGUGGAGACCGUUGAAGCUUGUUUAUGAUCAUGACAUUAGGCUUGCUCAGAUGCCGGUGAAAUGCAGUUUCAGAGUACUGAGAGAUGUGGUAAGCAAAAGAUUUCCUUCGUCGAAUUCAGUUCUGAUCAAGUACAAGGAUUGUGAUGGUGAUUUGGUUACUAUAACCUCUACGGAUGAACUCCGAUCGGCAGAGUCUUUUGUUGAUAGUUAUUUGCUGAAAGAGCCUGAAUCAGAUAAAAGUGAUUCCAUUUCGGUGCUGAGACUUCAUAUUGUUGAGGUUAGUCCGGAACAGGAGCCAACUUUGUUGGAAGAAGAGGAAGAAAAACUCGUUGAGAAUGAAGUGACCAAGGGAGAUGAGAGUGGAUCUCAUUCUUCCCUCGGUGAAUCUGUCCCUGAAGUUACGGAAGUUACUGAGGUUGACAAGACAGCAAAGAAGGAUGCUUCCAAGGAAAAGCCGGGAGCCACCGGAGAUAAUGAAUGCAAAGAAGUGGAGAUGGAUGAUUGGUUGUUCGAAUUUGCUCAACUUUUCCGCUCACAUGUUGGUAUUGACCCGGAUGCUCAUAUUGACUUGCAUGAACUCGGGAUGGAGCUUUGUUCAGAGGCACUUGAAGAAACAGUAACUAGCGAGGAGGCUCAGGAUUUAUUUGACAAGGCCGCAUCGAAGUUCCAGGAGGUGGCAGCAUUAGCAUUCUUCAACUGGGGUAAUGUACACAUGUGCGCUGCUAGGAAGCGGAUUCCCUUAGAUGAAACUGCUGGAAAAGAGGUAGUGGCAGAACAACUUCAAGUGGCUUAUGACUGGGUCAAGGAAAAGUAUUCCUUGGCAAGAGAAAAAUACGAGGAAGCACUCUUGAUCAAACCGGAUUUCUACGAGGGGCUGUUGGCUCUGGGCCAGCAACAAUUUGAAAUGGCCAAACUCCAUUGGUCUUUUGCAAUUGCUAAGAAGAUAGAUUUAACAACCUGGGAUCCAACAGAAACUCUUCAAUUGUUUAAUAGUGCGGAGGAGAAGAUGAAAGCUGCAACAGAUAUGUGGGAGAAGUUGGAGGAACAGAGAGCAAAGGAGCUAAAAGACCCAAAUGCAACCAAGAAAGAAGAAUUAUUGAGAAGAAGGAAGAAACAUGGCAGUACUACUGAAGGCGAGGCUUCUGGUGUUGGCGGUCAGACUGAGGUAUCGGCUGAAGAAGCCGCUGAGCAAGCAGUGGUCAUGAGAUCACAGAUUCAUCUCUUUUGGGGCAAUAUGCUUUUCGAAAAAUCCCAAGUUGAAUGCAAAUUAGGAAUGGAUGGUUGGAAGAAAAAUCUCGAUGCUGCAACAGAAAGGUUUAAGCUUGCAGGAGCUUCUGAGGCUGAUAUUUCAAUGGUUCUAAAGAAUCAUUCUUCAAAUGGUGGUGAUACAAAAGGUGAUGAUAAAAAGGUUCAGAGUCCACUUCCCAACAAGACCGGUGAACUAGAGAUCAAUAAGGCAAAUCAAGAAUGA